AUGAUUCACAGUUCAAGUAGCUUCAUCAGCAAGAAGACUAGUAGCAAGCACAACCAACAACAACAACUCGGCAGCAGCAACAGCAGCAGCGAGUUUAAGAAGAUCAAUAGUAGCAGAACAGCAACAGCAAACGAGGAAGAGACUUCCCCAAACAGCAGGACGGUUCAGGAGCGUUUGGCUGCCACUCUCCUGCUUUUAGCAGACGAACGUAUCAUGUCCAAGAAGAAUGAAGAAUCGAAACGCCAACAAGCUCCGGAAGAUGACAACAGCAAUCAGGUUAGCUUAAUCGCGGCUGCAGCUACCGGUGCCGCUGCGUUCGCGACAGCAGCAGCCGCUGAAGAUAACAUGGAAGGUGCUGCCAGCACGAAGAGAGCAGCUGUACCCAUGGCGGUGGCUGAAGAUACAGGUGAAGCUGGCCAUCCUAAGAAGAGACAGCGGUCUGAGGCUCAGGCGCAGGGCGCCCGUACAAGUGCCAACGCCAAGACUGGGAGCUCUGAUGAGGGCAGCGAUGAUGAUGGUCCUGUCCUCAAAGUCAACGUCCCCCUGUUCGAGAAUCACAUGCUGUUCCCGGAUCAGCUCUGGGAGUUGCUCAAGUAUCCUGAAGAGCUAGAGGACGCGAUCUGGUGGAUGCCUGGAAACGACGCCUUCGCAAUCAAUGAGCCCGCCUUCUCUGAUAAGCUGCUCGAGAGUCACUUUCGUGGCAACAAGUUCACCUCUAUCAUUCGCAAGCUCAAUCGGUGGGGUUUCCGGAAGUAUGUCGAUCGAUCACUCCCACCCAAGACGGUAGCAUAUUACCACCGCUCCUUCCAAAAGGGCAGACCCGAGCUGGUCAAGCUCAUCGAAAAGGAAGAAGGAAAGAUGGGGGAGCAGGCGUCCAAUGCCAAUGCCCCCUCGUCCCAGUUCUCUCUCUUCCCCCAAGCCACAACCUCUCAGAGGAUUGCUCACGUGCUUCAACCCAAUGCGGGUACGACGCCUGCGCUUUUCGCUGCCACCGCCAACUCGACCUUGGCUGCGUUGCCGCUGAGCUCGCGACUAGCAUUGGGAAGCAGUGCUCCUGCAGCGGCUACAACUGCUGCUGGCAACUCCACAUUGGGUGGGCUGCCCUCCCACCUUCCCAGUCCUCUCAAUCAAAGGUCUCACGCAUCUAUCUUGCAGUCCAUCUUCGGGCAACGAGUUCCCGUUUCUGCCCCCGCCCCUGCAACAGCCCCAACUGCAAGUGUGACUGGGACUUCCAGUUUGGCUGCGGCUGUUGCUGCCGCUACAACGUCGAAUCCCAGCACGCGUAUUAGGGGCAUUGCUUCGCUUGCUGCUGCGGCCAACGGCCCAGCCAGCCAUCGUCAUCGAGAACUCUUAGCCUCGUCGAACUUGCAGCUGUUGCAGCAACAGCAACAAGCUGCUAACGAUAGUGUCGAACAGCAAGCACUAUUGAGAUCCAUGGUGAACAACAUCGAACGAGAGCGCGAGCAACGGCAGCAAGAAGGGCGACUCCUGUUGGCAAUCGAACGAGAGCGCAGUCGUUUGAUGGAUCAGGAAUCGAAGCAGGAAUCCGACUUGCCCGUCUCCGAGGCAGAUGCCAGUUUGUUCUCGCUCAUGGCCACGGGUCAACGGGAUAGCUUCACAGGACAGCAACCAACCCUGCCUGGACAACAAGAUCAUACCAGCAGGCUUCUAGCAGCUGCUGCGGCAUGUCGUCAAGGACAGAGCAGUCGCCGGAGUUCUGCGUUGCAGCUGCAGGCAGCCAUUGCCUCUCCCAACCCAUUUGCCAGUCCGCUAGGGCAAAGUUCAGGGUUGGCCAGGAGAGUGCUGGGUCAAGAUUCCUUGGCGCUUCCAUCGAAUCUGUUGCUGUCGCCCACCCAGCAACGGUAUCGACAAGUCCUACAGCUCCAACAAAGACGAGAACAAGAGGACCAACAACGGGGACCUCCAAAUCUUCCACCAAACUUCCCACCAGGGAACAACGAGGGGCGAUAG